AUGGAUCAGGAAAUUGAGAAUACUAGAACUGAUUGCUGGUUGGAAAAGAUCGAAGAUCCUGAAAUGGAGUUGGGUUGCACCAAGUUGGUGAUGGAGAUCGAGGCCACAAUUACAUACCCAGCCAGAUAUUCGGAGGAAGAAGAAGAUGGAGAUGAUGAGGACUACUCCGAUAUCAAUCAAAUUCUAGCACAAGACAGCAACAGUUAUGAGGACACACUCGAACUUAACUUCUUGAUGGACGACAACAAUGGAACCGCCCCGACUCGAUUUAUGAUGGAACAAAUAUCUAGCAAGCUCUUCGACUUGAAUGUUCCCUUUAGGGAUCAUGAAUCCAUAGCAGACAAAAUAUUGAACGAUGUCUUUGCGGUGGCAAGAGAUCCCAGUCGUAAAGCCGACGGCAAGAUUUUGUGUAUGAGGGCCGUCAUCCAUGCUUUUGGGGAAGAAUUGGGAGAUGAGGAUAUGGACAUUGACCCUAAAUUUGUGCCUGCAAGUAAAUCGGCUUUGGAGAAAUUGGAGAGGGCGAUCGUUGUCCAAGUCUCAACGAUGUGUUCGGUUUGUAGGGAGGAGCUUGUGGCUGGUUCCGAAGCAACUCGGAUGCCGUGUUUGCAUCUUUACCAUGAGAGUUGCAUUGUAGAGUGGCUGGGUAAAAGCAAGUACUGCCCACUGUGUCGAUAUUCCAUGCCAAGUGAUUAG